AAGGAACGAGAGGUGCGCCGGGUCGCGGCUGGACUGGGGUCAUGGAGAAGGAGGCUGCACCUGGCAGGUCUUUCUAACACCUCGGUCUCGAUGAAAUCGCAUGGAAUGUGUGAAAGUUCCGCCGCGAUCCGACUGUCUCCCGUUGCGCUCGGACCCCGGAUGAGCUCCCAGAGCCAAACCCACCUGCUGUGUUCUGAUGGAGAUGGAGCUGGUGGGAUCCUAUAAAAGUGGACGGCAAGAAGCCAGGUGGAGAGCACUUGGACACCCAGAGAAGGGACACUUGUCACAAGGCAGCGAGCUGACAGCACACAACUCUACACAACAGAAUGGCACACGCUUGGGGAUACGGUCCUGACAACGGACCAAGCACUUGGCACCAUGCCUUCCCUCUGGCAAAAGGAGAAUAUCAGUCCCCUAUUAACAUUGUAACUGCCGAAGCCAAGCAUGACCACCAUCUGAAACCCAUAAGCAUCAAGUACGACCCAUCCACCACCAAAGUCAUCCUGAACAAUGGACACGCCUUCAACGUGGAGUUCGACGACUCUGAAAACAAAUCAGUCCUUACUGGGGGAGCACUGACUGAACCCUACCGCCUUAAGCAGUUCCACUUCCACUGGGGAUCUUGUGAUGGUCAUGGCUCAGAGCAUACAGUCAAUGGAGUCAAAUAUGAAGCAGAGCUUCAUUUGGUUCACUGGAACACAAAAUAUGGCAGCAUGGCAGAAGCCGUAAAACACUGUGAUGGACUUGCUGUGGUUGGAGUCUUUUUAAAGGUGGGAGAAGCACAUCCAGGCUUGCAGAAAGUGCUUGAUACACUAAAUCAAAUACCAAAUAAGGGAAAUGAAGCAGCCUUUAAUGAUUUUGAUCCUUCUGUGCUACUUCCCAAAUCACUGGAUUUUUGGACCUAUAAGGGAUCUUUAACUACUCCCCCACUGCUCCAGUGUGUGAUGUGGCAUGUCCUGAAGGAGCCAAUAACUGUGAGCAAUCAGCAGCUGACACAGCUGCGCAGCCUUUUCUUUAAUGCUGAAGGAGAUACCCCUUGUUCCAUGGUUGACAACUUCCGCCCAACUCAGCCUCUGAAGGGCCGUCACAUUAGAGCUUCAUUCCAGUAGGACGAGACUCCUCCAGCUACUUUCAAAUGCUCAAUUUCCAUUCGCUGCCUGCGCAUUAGGAGUAUCUCUUGUUCCUUAAUAUUUAUCAACGGGUGAAAAUAGAGUAUGUCACAGUUCACUAGGAAGGAAACCCUCCCCAUUUCUAUCUUCACUUCACUAGGAUUUCUAGGGCAUAUUUGUCAAAAGGUGAAAAUAGAAUGAACUUUUACUGUAUGAUAAAUAUGUCUCUAAAAAGCCUUUGUAAGUGAAUAAGCUGCUGUGAAAUUUCCCUUUGGCAUGCUCUAUUUCCACCCUUUGAUAAAUAUGCCCUCAAGUGAGAUGCUGAUUAAUGAAAUGUGAAGGGCGUCUGGACGAAGCAAAUAUAUCCCUAUUAGCUUAGCAUUUGCCUUUAUCCCCUUGCUAAAAUAAAUGCUGCACUGUUAUAUUGACAAGAUAGGAAACGGUCUCGAUCCUAGGGAGGAAUUCACCAAAACACACAACGUCAAACGAGGAAAAAAAUGGUCGUGUAGUAGCAACCAAAAUAGAUGUGGUAUGAUGACAGAUUACUACAACAUCAUUUAACUUUUUAGAUUUGACGUGAUGUUUUUGCUCUCGUAAAAAAACAGCCAUUUAUAAUUCUGAAUGAAGAGCAAUAUUGUAAUGGGAAAGAAACAACCCCGUAAAAGUUCCACUUGCGUGAAUUCCCCCCUCGAGUUCCAAGAAUCAUAGUAGGAUUCUCUCUUCAACAACGAAACUUGAAUUUAGGUACAUACACUGAUAUGUAUUAGAAAUGUGAACUGAUGCACAUUUUACAUUUGUUUUAUUUAAACACAGCUUUUAACAGAGAUAUACAAAUCUUACAUUUAUAGAGCUAAUAUAAAAUGUCUUAAUAUCGGUGCUUCUUUGGCACCUGUCUUAACUUCAAUUAGCAGAUGACUUAUAUAUGACAAUAUAUAUGUAUUUUGGAUACCUUAAUAAAAAAGUUAUACUUGCA